AUGCCACAAUCCUCGCACCCCCGAGAUGACGCUUCCUCGCCGACGACGGAGCCGAUCCAGGCGCUGCCCGCCGCGGCCCCAAUAAAGAAGCCCUACGGCGGCAUGACGCGCCCCGUGUCCGGGCCCGAGCCUCUUUUGCUGUCUUCCAUGUUCGACUCGGAGACGGGUCUGUCAUUCCGCCGAUCCAACCCGUCCGCCGCCUCGCUGUACGCUUCGACGCUGUCGCCCCCCGGUUCCAGGCCCAUGUCCCCCGCUGGGCGGGCCUCACCGUCGCGUGUCCUAUCUGGCACAGCCUUCGACUCGGCCUACAGCCGGCCGUUCGCAGACGGCGGGGUAGGGAGUCAGCCUGGCGACCCGCUCAAUAUCAUAGUCUCGGCAUUUGUGCCCCACAUCGCCAUCCGUGCGUCGGCCGACGUCGAGAAGAUUGCCGCGGCCAAGGGCUUCCGUCGGGGACUCUGGGAGCUCCUCCGCCCCUUUGGCGAGCAUAUACAGGGAAAGCUAGCCAUCAGGGACAGUAACGGCGUCAGCAAGCUAGCAGAGGACUUCUCAGUCCGAUUCACAAAAUUUGGCGCAAACGUCGAGUACCCCGACCCCGCCGUAUCCGGCUUCAGGCUACCCAACCAGGGCCGCAAGGUGAGAUACGAGAGCACGGACGGCGAAAAGAAGACGCUGGCCAACGUCGAGGCCGUCGUCGAUAAGCAUCUGUCGUACGCCGAGGACGAGUUCCGCCAUACGGGUCAGGGAGUUGUCGGCUUCGACAACGAUGACAACGAGGCAGAGCAGUCAUUGGCAUCGUCCCCAUAUUACUCCCUCUACCUACGGAGGCUGCUAUCGGGUCUGCCAAUUGUGCCGCACGAGACGUUUGCCCACCCAGUGGCGUGCAUCAUAGCUGUCAGCGCCAGGUCGGACGACUCGGUGGCCGAGCUCAGGCAGCUCUACAGCGAGACUAGCCAGGGCGCCGACAAGCUGCCCGACUGGGUGGACGCCAACUACCUACGAUACCACGUGCUUGUGCACGACGAGGAGAACGACGACAUCACCAAAUCGACGGCGCUGUUUGAGCAGAUGAAGCGCCACCUGGGCCUACACUGCCACCUACUCCGCCUGAGAACCAGCCAGAGCGCCGAGACGGACGACGACAGCAUCCCGCUGCCCCGGAGCGACUGGAUGUCGGCGGAUGACGAGCUGGCCGAGAUCCACAUGAGUGAGGGCGAGGGGGAUGGAGAGGGAGAAGAUGGUGGCAAUAUCGACGGCAGCGACGGCUUCGAGGCCCCAACGCGGUACAUUUUCGAGUCAGACGCCACGGCCAUCCGCACAUUUGUGCGCGAGAUGGUAGCUCAGUCGAUAGUUCCGACCAUGGAACGACACGUGUCCAUCUGGAACGACCAGGUGGCGUCGCGACGGAGGGGCCUGGCGGGCCGGUUCAUGAACCUGUCUCGCAAGUUCAACUUUGGCGGCAGCUCGCGGUCAUCGCUGGGGGCCGGCGGGCCGUCAAAGGACAGCUAUGACCCAUCGGGCUUCUUCCGGGCAGACGCGCCCGAGGCGGUGAUGCGCAAGUUGGCCGACUACGCCUUCAUGCUGCGCGACUGGAAGCUGGCGCACUCGACGUACGAGCUUCUGCGCUCCGACUACGCCGACUUCAAGGCGUGGAAGUACCAUGCGGCCUGCAACGAGAUGGCGGCUGUCAGCCUGCUGAUCCAGCCGCAGCAGAUCUCGGCCAAGAGCCGGCGCGAGACGGUCGACCAGAUGCUCGAGUCGGCCUUUUACUCGUACAGCACGCGGUGCAGCGCCCCCUACGGCGCCCUCCGCUCCCUCGUCCUCACGCUCGAGCUGCUCCGUCUCCGCGGCGGCACCAACAUCGACGACGCCAGCCGGUGGGGUCUCCGUCUCCUCGACGCCAAGAUCCUGGGCCCCGUGGGUGACGCCCUCAUCAAGGAGCGCGUGGCCGUCUGCUACGGAUCAAAGGAGGGCGUGGGCUCGUCGUGGAACUGGGGCGGUCGCCGUCGCAAGUCGGCUGCGUGGAGCAUCCUGGCAGCAGACGCGUGGAUCCGCCAGUCCCGCUACCUCCCCGCACGGAAAUGUCUGGACGAGUCGCACAACAUGUACGCUCUCCUGCCGUCGAAGCAGGGGAUAUCGCACUUCCACGAGGCAAGCCUCUUCCUCGACUCGCUGCAGCGUCAAGUCACGGAGAAACUUGGCCGCGCCCACGGUCACGGUCACGAUGUCGGCGGUUACAAUGGAGCAGCACAGGAAGCAGCCUCACGAGGUCAAGACGACGAGAAUGAUGGGACAGAUGAGGAGAGCGAGGCAAUGGUCGAUACUAGACCUAGAAGGUCCAGCACAGCUAGGCAUGCUGUUCCUAUUGAGACGGCUCCCUUGCAAACCGGCGAUGCUGCUGCUGCUACUGCUGCUGACCAUAAUCAAGAUGGGGAUAAGGGAUAUACAGGCUUUGAUAAGAGUUAG